AUAUAUCUUUCUUCCAGAAAAUCGAUUUAACCAAGUGAUAUAAGCGAUCAAAAUGGCGGAUGGGGAGGAUGGAGAAACCAGAAAGAAGCGUCAUGGUAUGCUUAAGGUGUACUAUGGCAUGGAGGAAGAAACUCCCGGAUCCCCCACCAUUGAUCCCUGUGAUAUCAAUGGGGCUCACUUUGACCCUGAAAUGUUUUUAUCGAAGCUAAUCAAGGAAAAGUCACUGACAGAGUUGAUGGAUGAGGAGGCAAAAACAGUCACUCAGAUCCGAGCACUUGACAGUGACAUGCAGACUCUGGUUUACGAAAAUUAUAAUAAAUUCAUCAGUGCAACAGACACCAUCAGAAAAAUGAAAAAUGACUUUAAGAAAAUGGAGGAUGAGAUGGAUCAUUUGGCCACCAACAUGUCAACCAUUACAGAGUUCAGUGGAAACAUCAGCAGCACACUACAAGAUAGGAGGCAGGAGAUCACCAAGCUGUCGGGAGUUCACUCCCUUCUUAAGAGACUACAAUUCCUGUUUGAAUUACCUAAGAGGUUGAACAAGUGCAUUGAGAUGAAUGCAUACAGCCAAGCUGUCAGGUACUAUAGCAAAGCUAAGAGGAUUCUGCAGCGGUACCAGCACAUGACCAGCUUCCAAGGCAUCAGCCAGGACUGCAACCAGAUCAUACAAAACCUCUGUCAGAUCCUCAGGCAGCAGUUCAAGGAGAAGGAGUCAACACCCAAGCAGCUGGCAGAGUGUGUGGACCUGCUGCUACAGCUGAAUGAGCCGGCAGAGGAGCUGUGUGAGGAGUUCCUCUCACAUGCUCGGCAGAAGAUAGAGGAAGAUCUGUCCAUACUGGACCGGCAGAUUCGGCUGCAGAUGGGGGAGGACAUCAAAGAUGAAGCGGAGUCCCUGGCAGAGGCAUACCUGGCCACUCCUAUGGAUGUGUUAGAGUUUGUGGACUGUGGCUGUAAUGGUUUUCUGAGUAACAUCUGUCUAGUGAUAGCUUCCUACAAUGACAUGUUCCUGAGCAGACUACAAGAUGAUGAAAAUUUAGAUGCUAUAGCAUUAAAGAAGUUAGUGAACUUUGUGAAUGAUCUCAUGGAGAGAUAUUUUUCAUAUGUCCAGAAACGCAUUCAACUUGAGCGUGAAACAGGGGACAACACUAUUCUUGUAAGGUCUUUGGACAGAUUCCAUCGGAGAUUACAAGCCAUGAAUAAACUUCUCCCAGACACAGAUUUCUCAAGGGCGGGGACAGACAUUGUUUCUAAAGCUGCCAGGGACAGAGUAGGACAUUAUCUACAAGCUCUAAAGCAACAUUUUUCUGAUUGCAUGACAGAUGUGAGACAGAGUCUAGCUGCCCCGAAGACUGCUGGGAAGGAGGGUAGUGCCAGUCUCAAUGAACUCCUUAGCAAUAUGCAGUCCUCCAUUCUGGAACAAAUCAAAUCAGUGCUGGGAAAUUUGCAGGCUUUCACUGCCUCGGACAUUACCUUCGCCUCCAAGCCUUACUUCAGCGGACCGUUCUGUACACAGGAUGUUAGGGAGGGGCUGGUGGUUGCCUUCCUAAAGCACAUCAAUACUGUGUGUGAUGAGUUCUGUGAGGGGAGUGGAGACAAGAGUUCAAUUCCACCGACCUUGCUGUUGAUUUUGUCGCGCUUGUGUCUGGAUUUUGAGGGCUCCACCAUAUCUUACCUGGUGACUCUGACAGAGGAACAGUUCAUGGUAGAGGAGAGGAGCAGGGUGACCCCGAUCAGUGACCUGACCAGCCACUCCAAGGACACCGCCCAAAAACUCCUGAAUCACUACGUCAAAGUGCAGGGCCUCUCUAUAUCACAGAUGUUGCGUAAAAGUGUAGAAACAAGAGACUGGCUGAACACAAUCGAGCCGAGGAAUGUGAGGGCUGUGAUGAAACGAGUGAUUGAGGACAUAAGCGCUAUAGACACACAAGUAGGACAGCUGUAUGAGGAGGGGACGAGGAAGGAGCGCAGCAGUGACUCCAGCCGGCGCACCCACCCCCAGAGUUACAGCAUGUCCACCGCCCAAAGAAAGGGACAGUGGAACAUUGCUCCAAGUAUCACUGACAACAGUUUGAUGAGCAAUAUACAGAAGCUGUUUUCAGAGAAGAUAGAGAUCUUCAGUGCUGUGGAUUUCUCCAAGGUCUCUGUCCUGACUGGAAUCAUUAAGAUCAGUUUGAAGACAUUCCUUGAGUGUGUGAGGCUGCGUACGUUUGGUCGCUAUGGGUUACAACAGAUCCAAGUGGACACACACUAUCUUCAGCUGUAUUUGUGGAGAUUUGUCACCGAUGAAAAUUUGGUUCAAGUCCUACUGGAGGAAAUAGUGUGUAGCACAGUUCACAGGUGUCUGGACCCUUCCAUGAUGGAACCAAGUGUAUGUACAAUAGAAAUUGGCUUACUUUCUCAAACUGUCAUUUAUGCAAUUAGUUUCAAUGAUUACUUAGACUGCAGUUUUAGAAGAUCACAUAAUUUAAAUUAAGAUAAUAUGGUACAUACAUUCAUGGGAAUGAAUUAAUACAUGUAUACAUUCAUGUAUUGUACAUUGGAGAUGAUUUUUGCCCAAUACCUUUAAAAACAUAAACAUGUAUUUUUGUGUCAUCAAUGUACCACCAUGAGAUUUAAUAGUCUUCCUUUACUGAUCGAAAAACUUAAUCAUUUCUAUUUCUUAGAUACCGGUACUGACUUUCAAAUUCAUUGAAAUGAUGAAAUAAAGUUGAUAACUUGAUUGUCAUUAAAACAAAUUAAUAUUUCAGAUUUUAUCUUCAAGA